GGUCCCGCGCGGGGCGCGCGCCGGGCGCUGGCGGCGCGGGUGCCGCGGGCAGCAGGUACAUUAUCUGGAAAAUGUGAAAAUGCAUUGGCUACAUUUUGCAUUUUUGUAAAAUUACAAAACAUGGAAUAAAGCCUUGGAAAUGGCUCUACAAAAGAUAGACCUAAUCUUGCCAAGCUAGAGCUUUAAUGCAGAGCAGCUGGAAGUAGUUAAACAUUGGAAGCACUGCUGAUCUGGUUGCAUCCUCCAACAUGACCAAUCCUCAGCCUACAAUUGAAGGCAGUGUUUCAGAAGUUGAGAUCAUUUCCCAACAAGUGGAAGAAGAGACCAAAAGCAUUGCUCCUGUGCAGCUUGUCAAUUUUGCUUAUCGAGAUCUACCUUUAGCUGCACUUGAUCUGUCUGUGGCUGGGUCCCAGCUUUUGCCAAAUUUGGAUGAGGAGUACCAAAGAGAAGGAUCUAACUGGCUAAAACCGUGCUGUGGGAGACGAGCAGCUGUGUGGCAGGUAUUUUUGCUCAGUGCAAGUCUCAACAGUUUCCUGGUAGCCUGUGUAGUAUUGGUGGUGAUUCUUCUGACUCUGGAACUCCUAAUAGAUAUAAAGCUUCUCCAGUUUUCAAGUGCUUCCCAGUUUGCAGGAGUAAUUCACUGGAUCAGCCUAGUCAUCCUCUCUGUUUUCUUUUCAGAGACUAUUUUGAGGAUUGUGGUCCUUGGCAUUUGGGAUUACAUUGAAAACAAAAUAGAGGUGUUUGAUGGUGCUGUCAUAAUCUUGUCCUUGGCACCAAUGGUGGCCUCAACAGUGGCCAAUGGCCCCAGCAGCCCGUGGGAUGCCAUCAGCCUUAUCAUCACUCUGAGGAUAUGGAGAGUGAAGAGGAUCAUUGAUGCCUAUGUCCUUCCAGUGAAAGUGGAGAUGGAGAUGAUGAUUCAGCAAUAUGAGAAGGCAAAAGUUAUUCAAGAUGAGCAGCUGGAAAGACUAACCCAGAUCUGCCAAGAACAAGGGUUUGAAAUCAGGCAGCUGAGGGCCCACCUUGCUCAGCAGGACCUGGACCUGGCUGCAGAGAGAGAGGCUGCCCUGCAGGUGCCCCACGUGCUGAACAAGCAGAGCAGCAAGAGGUACAAGGUGGUGGCCACCGAAGACUCGGACGACGAAGGCACCGAGAACAUCUCUGAGCUGCGACCUGCACGAGAGGAUGACAUGAACAAUUACAUCAGUCGAUACUACAACGAGCCCAGCAGUGACAGCGGAGUCCCCGAUGCCGCCAUCUGCGUGGUGACCACGGCCGCCAUAGACGUGCACCGGCCCAACAUCUCGUCGGAGCUGUUCACGGUGGAGGUGCCGCUGCGCCUGGGCAGCACGGGCACCUCGGCCAGCCUCACGUCGGGCAGCGCCUCCCGCUCCACGGCCAGCUCGGGCACGCGGGGCUGCAGCGAGAGCAGCCCGACCCUGGGCUCGUCCCCGGACUGCAGCGCGGCCUGCGAGGAGCCCCGGGCCCCGCUGGCGCCCGCCCGGCAGCGCGCGGUGCAGGAGCUGCUCUCGUCCCUGUCGGAGGAGGCGUGCCUGGCGCAGAAGGGGCUGGAUCCCGUCAACCUGAAGCUGCCCAGCCCGGCCGGCUCGGUGGGGGCCAGCCCCGACCUGAGCCACCGGCUCAGCGUCUACAACCGCAGGAACCAGGAGAGCCUUGAUGUCUUCCAGCUCAAGCCGCUCCUCGACUGCCCCCAGGGUGCCCCAACGAUCGAGGAGAAGUACGGGGCGCUGGGGCCCCCAGAGCCACGGCUGGGCAGGGUUCCCGAGGCGUAGGACCCGCCUGGGCCAUGGGGACUCCUGCAGGGACACCUCACCACGCUGGCCAUGAGGCUGCCACAGCUGAGGUGGCGGUGCUGAAGACACCUGUGGCAUCUGCUGCAAUGGCCACCAGCCUAGGGCGAGGCCAGCAUUGCCUCUGCUCCCCUGUGCCUGUGGCACAUGACCUACCUGCCCUGCCACCAGCUCUGGGCCAGCUGGGACCUACAGUGGCCAUCUGGGAACAGUGGACCCUCCAGCAAUCUUAGGGCAGUAUGGACCCACAGGGCCUGGAGGGACAAACAGACUGUGCCGGGAACACCGUGGAACUUCCACCGGUCCAGGGCCAGCACGAGCCCCACGGUGCCAGGGGCAGGACAGAGCUGCUGGACAGCUUGGGCCCAGCCUGACCCUGCCCAGGGGCUGAGUGUGACUGGGAGGGGUGUGGAGAUGGGAAUAAACACUGACAAACCCAUGCAGCCUCCUGCCUUGUAGUGUUCUUGCCUUCUUCUCUUACCUGCUUUCCCUGUCUUGCUUUCUUCCAGCCCACCAC